GCUCAGCGGGCGGGCGGAUGAGUGACAGGCGACCUGCUACAUGUCCUCUUUUCACUCCAACCAGUCGAAGGAGCGAAGGACCCCCGGGAAAAAUGCGCGUCGAAAGUCCGGACGGAGCCGACUGGAGAUAACGAGAGUGUAGAGAUAAUUACUGCUUGAUUGUGUGGUUGUACCCUGCUCAGGUGUGAGGUCUUCCGGAGCUUGGACUGGAGCGGGCAGGUGUCGAACCCCCCGGAUUUAAUUUUUGUCUUUCACCCCCCACCCUCCUGGAAUUUGUCUUUUUUUCCCGCUUCCGGAGCCAUGUUCUGGACACGGUGGCUCGUCCUGCUGCUCUGCUGGUGGAAGGCCGCCACCGCCACCACCACGGCCGCGAGCGGCCAGUAUCAGCAGCCGAGGCAGGGUGACCCGAGAGCGGACACCCACCAGCAGCGCUCGCCUCCACCGGUGGAGCCGCUGGAUUUUGGCUUCGUCCCGGCGGCGGUGUACGACACCCACGCGUACUACGAGCCAGGGACCAUCGGGAUACUCUUCCACAUGGUCCACGCUUUUCUCUACAUUGUCCAACCUAACUCCUUCCCUAAAGAUCUGAUUGUUAAAGUCAUUCAGCAAAAUAUGGGAGGACUCAAAUUUGAAGAAUGGAGAAAGCCAGACAAUGUCGUCCUCCUGCUCGAGGGGGCCUACUAUGAGCUGGGGUUCCUGGUGUGCGCGACCGUCGGCGUUUUGUUCGUGGUCCUGGUCCCCGUGUUGGGCAUGUGCUUCUGUGUUUGUCGUUGCUGCGAGAAUUGCGGCGGAGAGAUGCACCAGAGACAAAGGAAAAACGCCGAUUGCCGACGAGGUUUCUUCACCACCACGCUCAUCGCCACCACCAUCACCAUCAUUCUGGGGGUACUCGUGGCCUACGCAGCAAACCACAACCUGAGCUCGCACAUCAAGAGCACUCGGCGGUUCAUUAACACCAACAUCAGAGACUUGAAGACAUUCGCCAACAACACACCCGCGCAAAUCGAAUACAUGACCGCCCAGUACACGACAGUCAAAAAUAAAGUCCUGUCCGAACUCGACAAUAUUGGACCUUUACUGGGCGGGAGGAUUCACAGUCAGCUGGAAAAGGAAGUGGUUCCGUCCCUGGACACGGCCUUGCGCAUGGCAGGAGUUAAAGUUGAGAAUGCAAUCAAAGCCAUGCGUGAGACAAAGGAGGCGCUGGAGAGCGUCAGCUCAUCGCUGCAAAUCCUCCAAGAAGGCACAGACGCGCUCAAGGACAGUCUGUCCACAGAGAGAGCGUCACUGUCCAACACCUUGUCGGACCCGGCCUGCACCAACGGCGCCGUGUCGCCGAGCUGCAACGCCAUCCGCGCCACGCUUUUCCAGCUGGGCGUCAACGCCGACUUCUCAAAGCUCCCGGAUGUCGACUUUGCCUUGGAGAAUGUCCACACGGUCCUGAAGACAGACCUCAGUAACAUUAUACAGAAGGUCCGCUGUUAA